CAUUAGACGAAGGCCCAAAGGCCCAACUUAAACCAUUGCUCUAUCUUUAUCUUCACCGUACUCUCUCUCCUCCUUCAUCGUUGAAGAGAGUGAAGAUCCUAGAACCCUAAAAAAUCCAAAGGAACCAGAAAAAAAGCAACGAGCUUUAACAUGGACACUGGCGCCACUUACCAGAGAUUCCCAAAGAUAAAGAUCCGCGAGCUCAAAGAUGACUACGCCAAGUUCGAGCUUCGCGACACCGACGUCUCCAUGGCCAACGCUCUCCGCCGCGUCAUGAUCUCCGAAGUCCCCACCGUCGCUAUCGACCUCGUCGAAAUCGAGGUUAACUCCUCCGUCCUCAACGACGAGUUCAUCGCUCAUCGACUAGGUCUCAUCCCUCUCACCAGCGAGAGGGCCAUGAGCAUGCGCUUCUCUCGUGACUGCGAUGCGUGCGAUGGAGAUGGACAGUGCGAGUUCUGCUCCGUUGAGUUUCAUCUUAGGGCUAAAUGUGUUACGGACCAAACCCUAGAUGUUACUAGUAGGGAUCUGUACAGUGCUGAUGCUACUGUUACUCCUGUUGAUUUCGCCGUUGAUUCGUCUGGAGCUGAUUCUGGCGAGCAAAGGGGAAUUAUCAUAGUGAAGCUGCGCCGUGGACAAGAAUUGAAGCUAAGGGCAAUAGCAAGGAAAGGAAUUGGGAAAGAUCACGCCAAAUGGUCUCCUGCGGCUACUGUUACCUUUAUGUAUGAGCCUGAGAUAAUAAUCAAUGAAGAUAUGAUGGACACUUUGACAGACCAGGAAAAGAUUGACUUGAUUGAGAGCAGUCCGACCAAGGUUUUUGACUUUGAUGCUGUCACUAGACAGGUUGUGGUGGUCGAUCCGGAAGCAUACACUUACGAUGAAGAAGUGAUCAAGAAAGCAGAAGCCAUGGGGAAAGAGGGGCUCAUUGAGAUACGUCCCAGAGAUGACAGUUUCAUAUUCACUGUCGAAUCCACAGGUGCAGUGAAGGCUUCGCAGCUGGUACUUAAUGCCAUAGAUCUCCUGAAGCAGAAGCUCGACGCAGUUCGUCUCUCAGAGGAUACUGUUGAAGCUGAUGAUCAGUUUGGUGAACUCGGUGCACAUAUGCGUGGAGGAUGAGCUUGUGGUAAAAACUUGAGCUCCUUAUUUUGCUAGUUUGUUUCGGGAUUUGAGAGCAAUAACUGUAGUGGAACACUCUUGUUAGAUAACAACUUUUGAAGCUCUCUUGUGUACCUGACGUUUGAUCAUCUGGUUGUUAAGUGAAUUCAGACCAAAGUCUACUCUUCCACCAUUUGUUUAGUGAUCUAUCUUAUUAAAACAAAC